AUGGGGUCGAGGGGCGCGUACGCGACGCUGGGCGGUGCUGGCGACGAUGACGCAGAGCUCGUCCAAAUGGUGGCGCAGGAGGAGUCGUGCACCGGACGCGCCCGAGCUUGGUGUGGACUGAGCGGUUCGCAACUCGACGUCGAGAGCCAGCGGCGGAGGCGGUGGUUGAUGAUCACCACGGCCCUCUUCUUCUUGGCCGCCGUCCUCGUCCUCAUCGGCUUCGUUCUUGUCGUCUGGCAAUAUGACGGGGAGAGUCCGCCAGAAGGCCUCAAAACCACGGUCCUGCUCAUUUCGAUCGACGGCUUCCGCAACGAGUAUCUGUCCCGCAGCGAUGUUGAGAUGCCGCACAUCCGAUCCUUGAUCCAGCAAGGCGUGGUGCUGUCGAACGGUCUCAUCGCCAGCUUCCCGUCCAAAACGGUUGUGACCGGCCUCUAUCCGGAGAGCCAUGGCAUCGUCAGCAACACCAUGUACGACCCUGUGUUCAACGCCACCUUCAGCAUCAGAGACUCCAAGCAAGUCACAGAUGGUAGAUGGUGGGGAGGUGAACCGCUGUGGGUGACUGCGGAGAAGCAGGGCCAAAGGGCGGGCACCUACUUUUGGCCAGGCAGCGAAGCAAAGAUCAAGGGCUACCGACCGUCCUACUACGUCCCCUACAAUGGCGCCACACCCUACGAAAGCCGCGUGAACCAAGUGCUGGAAUGGCUGGACUACGGCGUGGACGAGCGCCCGACGUUCCUCACCCUCUACUUCGAGGGAGUGGACACACAGGGCCACUACUACGGACCCAACUCGGCCAUCGAAGCGGCCGACGCGGCUCUCGGUAAACUCAUUUCCGGACUCAAAGAGAGAGACAUGUUCGAUGCAAUCGACAUCAUCCUCGUGUCCGACCAUGGUAUGACAGCUCUUUCGCCGGAGCGGGUCAUUCGCCUCCAGGACUACAUCAAUCCGGCCACCGUCAGGGUCAUCAACGAUGGACCCGUUCUCAUGAUCAUACCCAACAACCUCGGGGAUGAACAGCAGCUGGUGAACACGCUUCAGAACGCGCACCCCAACAUGUCGGCCUACCUCAAGCAGGAUCUGCCCGCGCGAUUCCACUACAACGACAAUCGCCGGAUCACCCCCAUCGUGGGCGUAAUGGACCUGGGAUGGGUGGCGCUCAACAGUAACGCUGCUCCCAUCAAGGGCGACCACGGAUACGACCCCGAGUCGGGCGUGAAGAUCGAGAAGUCCUUCCAGAACAUCGAGAUCUACGGCCUCAUGGCCCGCAUCUUGGGCCUGACCCCCGCCGCCAACAACGGCACCCUCGCCCACGUUGAGGCCGUGCUCAAGCAAUGA